UGCUUGCUACUGGGGGGGGGGGGGGGGAUAUAAGCCUUAAAGACGAGUAAAGCCUCAACCGCUUGCUUUUUGUUUGAGUUUAAAUCGCAAACCUGCAGUAGUGAAGGGAACCUCUCCUAGGGAGAAGCUCCGGAGUGCAUCGCUCAGACUUCUUUGCGGGACCAGUGCUGUGGCUCAGACCCAGGAGCCACAAAACUUGCCAGGAUUAGAGGCAAAUCAGUUAAACCCAAGUCGUGCUCUUCAUUGCACUUUUCAAGACAUUCGAGUUCACGAAAACUCCUGCGGGUUCCUUGGGAAAAGAGUUCAUGCCCCCCAGGUCUCUUUCCAACCUGUCCUUGCCCAUGGAGGCGAACGAGAGCGAGUCGGUUCCUGAGGUGUGGGAAAAAGAUUUCCUGCCCCGCUCGGAUGGGACCACCGCGGAGUUGGUGAUCCGCUGUGUGAUCCCAUCUCUCUACCUAAUCAUCAUUUCCGUGGGCUUGCUGGGCAACAUCAUGCUGGUGAAGAUAUUCCUCACUAACAGCGCUAUGAGGAGCGUCCCCAACAUCUUCAUCUCUAAUCUGGCGGCUGGGGACCUGCUGCUGCUGCUGACCUGCGUUCCAGUGGACGCCUCCCGCUACUUUUUUGAUGAGUGGGUGUUCGGCAAGCUGGGCUGCAAGCUCAUCCCCGCCAUCCAGCUCACCUCCGUGGGGGUUUCUGUGUUCACGCUCACCGCCCUCAGCGCGGACAGGUACAGAGCUAUCGUGAAUCCCAUGGACAUGCAGACUUCUGGCGUGGUGCUGUGGACCAGUGUGAAGGCUGUGGGCAUCUGGGUGGUCUCUGUGUUGUUGGCAGUCCCUGAAGCUGUGUUUUCAGAAGUAGCACAAAUUGGUAGCUUGGAUAACAGUAGUUUCACAGCAUGCAUACCCUACCCGCAAACGGAUGAGUUGCACCCCAAGAUUCACUCAGUGCUUAUUUUUCUUGUUUAUUUCCUCAUACCACUUGUUAUUAUCAGCAUUUAUUAUUACCACAUUGCUAAGACUUUAAUUAAAAGUGCACACAAUCUUCCAGGAGAAUCCAAUGAACAUACCAAAAAGCAGAUGGAGACCCGGAAACGAUUGGCUAAGAUUGUGCUCGUCUUCGUGGCCUGCUUUGUCUUCUGCUGGUUUCCCAACCACAUCCUCUACUUGUACAGGUCUUUCAACUACAAGGAGAUUGACCCUUCUCUGGGUCACAUGAUUGUCACCUUAGUGGCCCGGGUUCUGAGUUUCACCAAUUCCUGUGUCAAUCCUUUUGCUCUUUACCUGCUCAGCGAAAGCUUCAGAAAGCAUUUCAACAGCCAGCUCUGCUGCAGGAGGAAGUCCUACCCAGAGAGGUCAACCAGCUACCUUCUCAGCUCUUCAGCAGUGAGAAUGACGUCUCUGAAGAGCAACACAAAGAACACGGUGACCAGUUCUGUCCUGCUAAACGGACACAGCAAGAAGCAGGAAAUAGCGCUGUGAUUGGAGGCCAUUCAAGUCACUCUUGGAAAAAUCCCUUACAAACUUUGCUAUUAUUAUUGAGCAACGUAAAACUCAAUAAUUUCCACAUUCAUACUGUCCCCUAGCUAAUUCAUCAGGGGACUUCACGACUGAUUCAAGAACAAGACAAAUAUUUUUCUCCGAAUAGAGUUUUACAUUACACCAUGCACAUCUACACUAAACACAUAUAACUGACAUACACCUCCUGCUAACAUUGAUUUACAAAUUCCCCAGGAUUUCAGACAUUGCAACAAGCAACUGUGCCAUACUUACUUCAAAUUCCUUUUAUCCUAAAUAGUAGAGAGCAUUUCCAUAAUCAGUUAAAUUUGGUGAGAGAUGAUAUUUAAACACCUAUUAUUUGAAAUACAAAUUACAUCAUUCUGAUGAGUAGAUUUUGUUUAUAACUAGUAUAUGUAUAUGGUGAGUAGAUUUUGUUUAUAACUAGUAUAUAUAUGUAUGUAUAUAUUAAUUUGAAAAAACAAGUGGAGCUUAAUCAUAAUUCAUCAGCAUUUAUGGUUCUUUAUAUAAUUAUAAUUUAUAGAAAUGUUUGUACAUUCUCUAUAUAGUAUUGGAAGGUAUGACAACAUUUUUAUGAAUUGUAAGUUGAUAUAUGAAUGUGUAUAUGUAGAACAGGUAUCAUAUGCUCCAAAUUCCAAUAAUAUGACUCAGAUGUUUGCAUGGCCAUUUUUGUAAACACUUACAUUCUUGACAAUUUGGCUGCUUCUGUGUAGGUAAUAAGAUUUAUAUAAUUCUGGUGAGUUCUCAUUUGCUCUUGCAUCUGCCAACUGACAAAUGUAUGAGAUCUCAGGCACUUUCCUCUGCAUGAUAUCAGUUUUCUCUGAAUAAACAUCUUGAGAUUUUUCAGCAAAA